AUGAGUCCAUUAUUCUAUGUAUUAAGUUAUAUUGUAGCUUUUUUUAUUAUUGUAGAUGCUACAAAUGUAGAAUUAUCACCUUCAACAAUGGGAUUUGCCAGUCCUAAUUUUGAAAUGUCAACCGAAGUACCUGAAUUUAUAAAUCAAGAUAUAGUGGAUAAAUCAGUUGGAAUUGAUGAUAGUUUAAAGGAAGUACAUGAUAUUUCUCAAUUAGAUGCUGAUACAGAUACAUCUGUUGAGAGGAAGUAUGAGGAUCUGAAUAUUUUUCCUCCUCUCGAUUCGGUAGUACCUAUAAGUAUUGAUGAAGCAAACACAGAAUUUACUUCUAUUUUAUUAUCUGAUGACAUUAUUUCAUCUGAUAAAUUAAGAGAUAAAUUGAAGAUGAUUAAUGUAAAAGUUCCUAUUUUUCAUGAUUUAUUGGGGGAAUUGAAAUCAAAUGAUCCAAGAGUUGAAAUUAAUGCCAGUCCUAAAUUCUCGUUAUUUGUAACAAUGGAACACCCAAGAAUGUCACGUAUAAUUACAUUUAUUUCUAAUUACUUGGGUUUUCACCAAAAUGUCGAGGAGAUUUCAAAGGACCUGUUUUCUGCUGUAACAUAUAGUGAAUGUAUGGAUAGAUUAAAUAAAUGGGAUAAAUGGUUGGAUGGGAAUAUAUUAAGUUUUUGUUCAAGUAUCGUACGAUCUGAUAUUCUUUCAAUUCAACCAGAGGAUUUACCAAAAAAUAUUUUAAAUGGACGUGAUGAAGUUUAUAAAUUAAGUGGAAUUGUAAUGUCUAUCCCUAUUGCUUUAUUUACUCCUAUAAAUAAGCUUACAUGGAGAUAUCUAGUGACUCCAAAUGGGCAAUAUCAGGCUUAUAAUGCUGGUGUUAUUGAUGGAUUUGCUCACUUUAGAUUUCUAUCAUCAAAGCUCCAUGAUAUGAUACGUUUAAUUCACACUCCUAAUUAUCAAUUUUGGGAUGAUGUAAAGGUAGAGUUAUUUAAUGGAUUAUUAAUAGCAGAAAAUUAUAUAGAUUCAAAUUCUUCGGUUUCUAGAAAGACUCUUAAAAUGGAGGUAGAUAUAAAAAACUUUUAUACUAAUUGGUUUAAGGGUUCACCAAAUUAUCCAUGUUCUGCGUUGUUUUUGGAUUCUUUUAAUACACUCACACCAUUAUAUGAUGGUAUUUAUGCUAUGUUUGAUGUAAUUUCAGAGUCUUUUGAAAAAUUAAAUGAGUUAUUUAAUUUUUCUAAGACUCCUAGGCUAACUACAAGAAAUCCAAGGGAUAUUUUACUUCGUAUAAUUUUACCAGUAUUUGUAAAGACAGAAAACCAAUUGAAGAUUUAUAAAGAGCAAUAUGUCAAUAAAAGUGUAUUGAGGAUGUUUGCUAUUCUAGAAGAAGUAGAUUUUAGUACAGAAGCUGCAGAGUUAAGUUUAUCAAAGUUUAGUAAUUGUGCUUCGAAAUUUAAGAAUAUGAAUUCUUUCAAACAUUCUCUUCGUAACAUUAAGAGGAAGUAUUCAAAAUAUAUUAUGGCCCUAAAUAAAGAAUUAAAUUUGAAAUUGCCCACUCCACAUAUCUCUAGUCCAUUAUAUAUAAAGGGUCGUACAUUUGGAUUUAAGAAUUUGUUCAGGAAAGAUGCUGGAAGAGUUAAUGGUGAAUUUUAUAGAGAGAGAAAUCCUUUAAAAGGAAGAUUAGAUAUGAUGAAAAGUAACAAAUCUGGAUUAAAGUCUUACACAGUAAAAUAA